GCUAAUUUGGCACCAGUCUUGUUGUGCUGUGAUUUGGUGCACGCACGUUGCCAGAACUUACGAAUAUGCGUACUCAACAACUUCUCAUACUAUGGAUUCACGUACUCCUCCCGAUUAUAUCGAUAUUUCUGACGCCUGGUACCCUAAUGGUACUCGCAAAGGUGCAAAGCAACAGGGCUAAACUGAUUUCUGACGCGUUAACCACCCGGACCAAGCUGGCGGCAGCUACGGCCAAAUUCAAGAAACCGUAUAGCUACAGUUUACGCUCCAGACGUGACGUAGAUAACCACAACAUUCCCGGACCCACACCCGAUUACAAUGGACACCUCUACAAAGCUGAACUUGGAAUUACAGACAAACCACAAAAUGGGCACUACCCAGACUUGGCGUUCCACAAGGCUAUUCUAGAAUUAUCGAAAGCGAACCCGCAGAGCAAUAACGCCUUUUUCGAGCCCGUCUCACGUGGAAUGGUAUUAGAUGCUCAAUCCAACCAAAACCAAACCGAUAGAGACGAGCAACUGGAAAAUCAUCCCGCGAUACUUCAAUAUGAUGGCCGAUGGACCCAAGAUGAGAUAUCUAGGGAAUCUGCAGAUCCAGAGGCGUCCCUCCACAAGAAACACGGCAAAAAGCACGGGGGUCAUCAUGGUCACCAUUACCUACAGUCGGCCCAACACGAUAACGAUGACCCUGCGUUCUACGCAGCUAUCAACAAAUUGAUAAAGCCCGACAUCCAAGAGCCACCGAAAAAAUUCCCAGAACACAUCAACAACGAUGAAUUGAGCACGGACACAGUGGUGGCAGAUAUUCAAGAGUUUAGACCGAUAACGGACGAGUUUCAAACGCCUAGAUUCGCAUUCCACGAGUCUAUUCAAGAUUUGUCAAAAGCGAACCCGCAGAGCAAUACCGCCUUUUUAGAGUCCGUCCCACAAGGAAGGAUAUUAGACUCUCGACCUAACCAAAACCAUAGCGAUAGUGCGAGCUUCAGAGACGAGACACCAGAAAAUCAUCCCGCAAUACUUCAAUAUGAUGGCCGAUGGAUCCAAGACGAGGUAUCCAGGGAAUCUGCAGAUCCAGAGGCUCCCCUCCACAAGAAAUACGGCAAAAAGCACGGGGGUCAUCAUGGUCACCAUUACCUACAAUCGGCACACCACGAUAACGACGACCCCGCGUUCUACGCAGCGAUCAACAAAUUGUUAAAGCCCGACAUCCAAGAGCCACCGAAAAAGUUCCCAGAACACAUCAACAAUGACGAAUUGAGCACUGACACAGUAGUGGCAGAUGUACAAGAAUUUAGACCAUCAACGGACGAGUUUCGUGGGUUUCAAACGCCUAGAUUCGCAUCGGGUGAAAUGGAUUCCGUCGUCGGUGCGAGUCCCGACGAGUUAAACCAAUUCGACAUGCAGCUUGAAAAUAUGUGGAACAUGAACAACUUUGAUGCACGUGCUUCUCAAAUGCUAAGACAAGCAGAAAAUGAAUGGCAUCAGCUCGGAACCUCGCCGGACUUCAUCACAGAGCAGAUAGUUUCGUCUCCGUUUCCCGAUUUGAGACUUGAGAAUGAAGGUUUCCGCCAGAGGAGCCCGGAACCCCACAAACACAAACACAAACACCAUCACGAUGAAUAUCCCCGACCUUACCCUUCUAACUAUUAUUCCUACUACAGGAAUAAUGACAUCAACGUACCAGCUGGUGAAAACGAGCAAAUAAAUCGUCACGAGGGGCACCCGCACGGCCGCGACGCGGACGAGAGAUGCGAGGAGAUGGACAAGAAAUCGAAGAAGGACAAAAAAGGACACGACGAACACUUCGAGCCUCUUUAUUACGGCCACCCGACCGCCUAUCCUUAUCCGUCCGAACCGCUGCCGUAUUCCUACCGAACGAACGCCGAAACUGAUGAUCAAACUAUGCAGCCCAAAUCUGCCCACCACGCUCAGCACGGAUUCACACACGUCCACUCUCACACGCAUUAUGCGAAAAAGGACUUUGGAGGUCCAUAUCCGGCUCCAUUAGUUGCUCCAGGAGUCAACGUACAUGUCAUUCAAAACCAAAACACUGGAGUACUACCCGCUACCUACCCUCAGCAGCAGUCUUACGCUAAUAGCCAAGCCGGAGCGCAUAGUUACAAUGGCGGCUCAAGCCAGCUUAAUUAUGGACAAGCGGAUGCUUUCGCCCAUUCGGGACAGUCGUAUGCAAAGUCUCAGGCUUCAGCAAUAGCCCAGGCUGGCGUGUCGAGUCACGGUUUCCUCAAUCAACAUGGAUUUGUAGGUGAUUCAAAUCCUAAUCCAGAUGUGCAGGGAUUGGAAGAUUCUAACCGAGGUCGAUUCUCAAGAGCUUUAAAUGAGGACGAUAAAGAGUCGUCUUACAGCACUGAACGUUUCGGACCAGCUAGACAUAUCAGGGUACCGAGGGAACUGGAGCCAGCACCUCCUGAGGGCACAAUUCUAUUCGAAAAUGCAGAUCAAAUGAAUUUUGGAGGUUUAGAAGAACAGCAGGGGAACGGACCAAGCCAAGACUUCAGCCCUCCCGAACAAGAGAACCAAGCUCGCAAAGCGGACAGCCCAAAAGCGUCGUUGGAUCAUACAAAGGACUUUUCAGAUUUUGAGCCGAAGAAUAUCGACAUAUUGAACAGGCCUUCUGAAAACAUUACUCUUGUCGUGGAUAACGGAAAAGCAUUUAAUAUCAGAGAAGCUCAAGACGCGCGUGAAGAAAAUGAUGGAAGAUUACAAGCCGUCUUAAAUAAUCAACUUCCUCAACUUUCUACAGAAUCUUCAUUCGCGCACAAUAACGAACCACUUACGGAUCCGACACUCCACAGUGCCUUGAUGACAAGUAUCCCUAAUACCACAAAUUUCACUGAAAGCACAGAAAAGGAGCAAAUAAAUCUUCAGUCGAUCUUCAACGCGGACAUGGAUGGCGAGAACUUGGGCGCAGAAUUAGAUCCUGAAAAAGUAUUCAACGCGACUGAUGCAUUUGCGAGCCUAGAAGAGGAGAUGAAAAACAUGACAAAGGAGCAAAAGGAAGACUUCUUCCAGAAAGAAAUGGAUCUUAUAUUCGAUGUCGUCAGAGACGCCAUGAUCAAUCAUCCAGCUUUUAGAGGGAUGGAAGAGAUCAACGAUUCCAAGUCAGAACGGAGUUCACUUGAACACCUUAAAUCUCCUAAUCUGUUCCGAGCGCAUGCUCGCAGCGAUUGGUUUAUGCACAGAUUCGAUGAUCGACGUGAAUAUAAACGAUCAGUGAAGACGACAGAGGAGCAUUUUGACGACCUACUCGGACGUCAUGAAGAUAUUUUGAGUUCCAUCAAGGAAAAUGCCAAAAAUGACGAAGAUCUGCUGAUGAUAAGCUAUAUCGGUGAUGGUUUGGUUAGAGAUUUCCGGGACAGGCGCAACCGACCCGUUGCGAAGAGAAGAAAAAGGGAAAUGGCUGUACUUAAACCCACUAACAUUCCCUGGACGCGGUUGGUAAGCGACUCGGGCACCAAAAUUGACGUACCAAAAACCCUGGACCAUAUUGGCGCUGUCACCAGGCAGGCCCUCGAAAACAGCAGAGCGCCUUUGUUCCACGUGAGAAGUUUGAUCGGAAACGCAAAAAACUCGGUGAUGUCGGCCAUGAAGGUGCCUCCGAAUAAUCUUAUCAUUCCAUCCAAAUACGAAAUAGCGAAGAUGGGAACGAAUGAUGCCCAACUGGGGGCUAUUAACACCAAACUGGUGGACGAGGAGAGCAAGACCAACUUAAAACCCACCGAGGAAAGACCGGAAGCACCUAGCGAUCCCCUCGGAGUUAUGGACACGUUCCAAAAACUUGGAAACAUUAUCAAAGAAAGCGUCGACACUGGGAAGAACACAGUGGUCCACAUCAAUGACGCGGCAGCUGACGCAAGAAACGUUUUAUACACAGCUCGCAACUCAGCACCAAGGUUGAUAGUUCCAAGCGAACUUCCACUACCCGUAUCCGAUAUUAACACGUACCAACGCUUAGGCAAGAAAGCAGUGCUGAUCGCUCCUAAAGUGUUAGACUUCUCCGAGGACCGACUAGGUUCUGCCCAAGAGCAACCCCCAAAUGGGUUUCUGGGUUUAGGUCACCUUAUGGACGCGGUAGGCCUUUCGAACCCACAACGAUCGGAGGUGAAGCUACAAAAGAUCGUGCUGGAGCCCGAGGCUCUCAGAGUAAUGCAAAAGUGGGAGAAACCUAAAGAAUUAACAUCCGGCGCGGCUUUCUCGAAAUGGAUAAAAGAUAGAACAGCAGAGCAGCGGGUAGGAGAGACUGUGUUGUCGCUAAACCAGGCAAAAAAGAGUCUCGGAGCUUCCAGCUUCAAGGAAUUCGUAGAGUUGGUGAAAGAGUAUGCCACGCAGAAACAACGCGAGUUGGAAAAACAACUGGAUGAAGUAAAACGACCGAUAUAUGGAAUCGAUAAUGAUAAAAAAGACAAACAAGGAGGACAAGAGAAAAGCACAGGUCCACAGGUAGGUCUCUACCUUCCACCAAACCUCAUGCGACCGUUCAUGGGUCAAGCCAGUGACGCCCAGUUAUCCGAACUGAUGAGAGAGAAUGGAAACGAAGAUAACGGAAACAAGCAACAAGAUCUGGGUCAUGUGUUGGGCGCCAUCAAUCCCAGGAUGUUCGAAAGGUAUUUCAACGAGAGCUUGGACGGUACCAAAGAACGUUACCCCUCCAACCCAGGUAGCGAAAGCGCGGAAAACCGGUCGUCCAGAACCAGUAUGAAAGUUUUGGACGUUUACAAAAAGCCUUUUAUGGGCUACGUCUCCGACGAUAAAAUUAAAUCCUAUCUAAGUAAAUACAACAAAUUCGAUUCCGCGCAGGAAAACGACGGCUACCAUUUUAAGGAAGUGGUUGUUCCUGUCAAUGUCAUAGACAGUAAUUUUGAAGAAAUUUAUUAAUUAUAAUCCUACAAUAAAAUAUACUACGCGUUUUUAACUAGCUUAAUUAAUUCUAUCACAUUCUCCGCCUGUUUCAUGGUGGGCAUAUCAAUCAUGCUCCCUUUAUAGGUAAA